AUGGUCUCCUUCUACGAUCUCAAGGCCAAGAAGCCUAGCCAGGACGAAUACACUUUUGACCAGCUCAAGGGCAAGGUCGUCCUCGUUGUCAACACCGCCUCCAAGUGCGGUUACACGCCUCAGUUUGCUGAGCUCGAGGAGCUCAACAAGAAGUACGCCGACCAGGGCCUCCAAAUCAUUGGUUUCCCUUGCAACCAGUUUGCCGGUCAGGAUCCAGAGGGAGAUGACAAGAUCGGCGAGUUCUGCCAGCGUAACUACGGCGUCACCUUCCCCAUGAUGGCCAAGUCCGACGUCAACGGCAGCAACACCAACGAGGUCUUCCAGUUCCUCAAGAAGCAAAAGACUGGUAUCCUCGGUACCGAGCUGAUCAAGUGGAACUUCACCAAGUUCCUCGUCGACAAGCAGGGCAAUGUCGUCGAGCGAUACGGCUCCAACACCAAGCCUUCUGCCAUCGCGCCCACCAUCGAAAAGCUUCUCGCACAGUAA